AUGUCUGUCACAUUGCACACAACACAUGGAGACAUCAAGAUUGAGGUCUUCUGCGAGAGUGUUCCCAAAACCGCUGAGAACUUUCUCGCGCUUUGUGCAUCCAACUACUACGAUAACUCGCCAUUCCACCGACUAAUCGCAGGCUUCAUGGUCCAAACCGGCGCGCCAGCAAAUCCCAACCCUCCCGACAACCCCAAGGGCGGGCGCUCGAUCUGGGGGCUAACCUUCGAAGAUGAAAUCCGCCCAGGGCUGCGACACCACGAGCGCGGCGUGGUCAGCAUGGCAAACAAGGGUCCCAACACGAACGGCAGCCAGUUCUUCAUCACGUUUGCUCCGGCGCCGCACUUGGACGGGCUGAACACUGUGUUCGGCAAGAUUCUGGGCGACACGAGCCUGGAGACGCUGGCUAAGAUCGAGAAGAUCCCCGUGGAUAAGAAGAACAGGCCUCAGGAGGAUGUGAGGAUCAAGUCGGUGACGAUCCAUGCCAAUCCGUUGGCGAAAUAG